AUGUACAAAUAUACGCACGACUCGGCGAAGAAGGCUCUCAAUAGCUUGGAAUAUUCAGAAAGUAAUGGAGACCUGCAUUUUGUAGCUGGCGGGAGGAAAAAUGGGCUGGAAAGAGUCCUGUACUGGCAAAAUGGAGGCAAAAUCAUGAGCAUCGAUGAUCGGGAAAUUCCGGAAGGCAUCGAACCCCGAUACCUUUCUAUCGUCAAUAAAAUUGCCGAACAGCUGCCGCAUUUUCUGGAGAAGUUCGAGCAGGUCAAGGCAGAGAUUUAUUAUGAUUACCACAAGUGGAAGGGUCAGCAGAAACUCGGUGAAGCUACUGCGCUGAACGACGGAGCACUUGACUUCAGCGGCACCCUCUCGCUUGUCUACAGUAGCGAUGCGGAAUUAGGGCAUAAAAUUGAGAUCAGCAGCCUCGAAGAGAUCACCGGAGAGUUACUUACUACCAUUUUUAACGUUCUGGAACGGAAGUUGGCAAAGGACAUUUUCAAGCAAAUUCUGGUACGAAUUAAGACGGAUGUCGCGAGCUUCCUGGACGACGACGUUGGUGAGCAAGAUUUUGAACACCAAGAAGCCAUGCUGGCCGAGUACGAAGAUUCCGUC